AUGGCUCCCUCGGUCAAGCAGCGAAAGAUCGCAAUUUUGGGUAGUCGAUCCGUUGGCAAAUCUUCCCUCACAGUCCAAUAUUGCGAAGGCCAUUUCGUAGAAAGCUACUACCCUACGAUCGAGAAUACAUUCAGCCAUGAGAUCGUCUACAAAGGCCAGACGUUUCUCACAGAAAUCAUCGACACCGCGGGACAGGAUGAAUACAGUCUUAUGAACUCGAAGCUGUAUAUUGGCAUCCAUGGAUACCUGAUUGUGUAUUCGGUUGCCUCCAGACAAUCAUUCGAUAUGGUCAGGAUCAUUCGGGACAAGUUGUUGAACCACCUCGGAGCGGAUUCGGUACCUAUCAUGAUUGUUGGGAACAAGAACGAUGUCGACGCCAAAAAGCAACGAAAGGUCACUGCUGAAGAAGGGCAAAAACUUGGACAAGAACUGAAUUGUGGGUGGAUUGAAACCAGUGCUAGGAACAACUACAAUGUGGCCAAAGCAUUUGAGCUCAUGAUUGCCGAAAUCGAGAAGUCGCAAGAACCCGACAAACCUGCUGGCGGAGGCAAAUGUGUUGUGAUGUGA